CAGUGUUGAAUUUUAUGUCGAUCCCUGUCAAAUGAAUAUGAUUUGGGUUGAUGUUUCAACUUUGCCGAUCUCAUACAUCUUUAUUUUCGUCUGCCUGUUAGGAAUUAUGUUAUUAUUAUGCGCCCCUUCUGGCAAGAAUACGAAGACCAAUGGAGAUGUCAAAGGUGAUACACAGGAAAGCAUUGAACUUGCCGUAUUGGAUAAGGAAAACACAUCAAGCUGUACACUCCAUGAAACGAUUAUACAGAAUGAGAAUCAGAACAAGGGAGGCAAAAAGAAAAAAAGGAAUAGAAAGAACGGAUCGAGUGAAAAACAGAAAAAGAGAAAGAUUGAUCAGGCUACAUCAUCGACAUCACUGGACAAGCUUAAUGACGAAUCAAAGAGACAGAGAAUGAGAGACAGGGCUACGUCAUCUACGAACCUUUCAGAUGAUAUACAGAAGAAAAGGACGAUUGAGCAGGCUACAUCAUCGACAUCACUUGACAAGCUUAAUGAAGAAUUAAAGAAACAGAGAAUGAGAGACCGGGCUACGUCAUCUACGAACCUUUCAGAUGAUAUACAGAAGAAAAGGACGAUUGAGCAGGCUACAUCAUCGACAUCACUUGACAAGCUUAAUGAAGAAUUAAAGAAACAGAGAAUGAGAGACCGGGCUACGUCAUCUACGAACCUUUCAGAUGAUAUACAGGUAUGGUUAGUCAAGGUUAAUAACAACACUACUUGUAUGUGUUAA